UGAGUUGACUAUCAUUAACAAGUAUGUUUUGACUCAUAACGCAAAUGAUGACGUGAUAAUGAAAUCAUCGAUUUUUUUACGAUUAAAUUCAGAGCAAUUAUUAUUUCUUCAUAAUUUAUAGCCAUCUUUGAAAAUCGAUGGGGGAAAUUAUUGUAAUAAAAAUGAUGAAAAAAAUUAGAAAUUACCAAGACGUGAUGUAUGUUCUGGGAAAAAUAAGAAUGAUUGCUGAUAUCAAUGAUUGCUUUUUGUUUUACUCAGUAUUCGCAUUUUAUUAUUUUCGUUGAUAUGGAAUAAAAUUUAACCAAGUUCUAUUUACCUCGUGCACGAUGUUCAAUUGGAUGUUUUCUAGUAAAAUAAAUAGUGAUUAUUUCUCGUGGCUAUUCUCUUUUUAUGAACAAAUUCAUCGGGACGUGAAUGUUUUAAUUGAUGGUGUGAAUAAUAAGAAUUGGAUUGAAAGAAUAAUACCAUGGAUUAAUCAGCCAGAUGAGGCUGAUUGGCAAAUGUUUGCAUUUCCAAUUUUAACAUUAAUGGUUAUUAUUUUCAUCACCAUUAUGACAGUUAAGUGGUUGCAAGCUUUUCCAUCAGAUCCUCGAAAUUUCGUUGAACCCGCAGACAAUGAGGAUCAAAUGAUCAUGGAAUAUCUUGAAUUUGUUCCGACGCCCUUGGAAAUUAAUAGAAUUAUAAAGGAAAGAAUAUUACAUUUCGACGCGGAAAAUUAUAAUCAGCUUUACAUUUUGCCACUUGGCUUCAACACAGUUGGAAAUUCAUCCCUACAAAUAAAUGAAAUAAUCGACACGAUUGAUAGUCUCGAUGACGAUGAAUUGGAAUUUAAAAAUAUCUUGGAUGAGAUAAUUGAUAAAAUCGUAGCGCACGUGGAAAAUAAUUCAAAAGGCACCACUAAAUUGGAGGAUUCGAGUUUAAGCCAACGGCCAUGCAAAAACAAUUCUAGAAUACCACUACUGAAAUCCCGUCAGGGUCAGACGACGCCAUCUGUCUGACUAUUCAGGAACAGAGGCAAAUUGAAAUAAAUUGAAGUGAAGGAAUUUUUCAGUGUUUUGAGAUUCAUUCUAACAUGAAAUCCGUUCAAGGUCAUGCUCCAUACGAUGUGACAAACGAAAAAAUUGCCGGAAGAAAAUGAACAAAAAAGGGGUAAAAUGGGAUAGGAGAAAAACGAGGAGAAAUUUUGGUCUUCAGAGAAUUAUGAAACUGUUUUGAAGUAUUAAAAAAAUUGAAAUUUUCCCCGAUACGAUUUUUAUGGCAGACUAAAAUAUCUUGUGGCCAUAAUUUUUUUUCCUUUUGUAACGAAAUUGAGUAGC